AUGCCCAACCUCCUCCACAUCGUCAUUGCCAAAUUCGCCCACUUCCAAACCAACACCAUCAAUGCCAAGGAACUGCACAAUGAAUUCUUCACAUGCUGCUCUCCCAAUGACCAAGAACUAUGGUCCAAUCACCAAGUUGUUUGUAACUAUCCUCAUGAUUGGUGGAAGGAUCACUUCAACAGGUUGGGGUUCAAGCUCCCAAUCUUGACUAUUCAGGAGCCGAUUGGAGCCAUACUCAUGCCAGGUCCCACUGUGACCGGUCAGGUGAAUGGUGAUCCCCUCUUCAAUCAAAUUGUGGCGGUGAGGGCCCAUCUCCAACACCUUGGUGAGGCGAUGGCCUCUUUGCUGGAGCAGAAGAUCCAGAUCGCUGCAGCGGCCACUUCCACUAUAUCCCAACUUGAGGUGCUAAUUGAUGAGGUGAAGCAGGCGCUCAUUCAUUCCCAUAGGUGA